AACAUGUAGUUAGCAAGUAAACGCAACGCGUGUUUAUAUUAUUGGAUUAUCAACAAUGGAACAAAGCCCUGAGCGGUUACAUCCAGACGAAAGGACAGCUUUUCCAGAUGAAAACGAUUCUACUGGUAGUACUUCAAGCAACAGGAGUUUGCGUAUUGCAGAGAAACAAAAGAAGAAAAGUGAGGCGGAGGCUCCUGUGUCGGUUGCGUUGACGUACUUUUCCCAGGUGAAAGCAGGCACACCUGUUACGGGGAACGAUGUUCUGGCGGGUCACCUGUUGCAGAUGGAGAGGUCUGCCCUGGCCCAAGGCCUCGACCCACACGCCGUCUCCAUCAUGCUGGAGUUUGCCAUGAGCAUGCGGAUGACGAGCACCAUAUCCACACGGGUGCUGAAGUUCCUGGUGCCCUCCUCGGUAGUUCCCCAGGAGGUUGUCUUGAGAGGGUUCUCAUGGCUGAACACACAGAAGUUGUCUCAGUCCGCCCAGCUCCUCUUCCUGCGCUGGGUGCUGACCAUGUUCGACAUGAUCGACUACAAGGACAAGCUGAGGGCCAUCUAUGGCAUCCUCUUCCACUUUGUCACGGAUGAAAACUUGUCUCCCUUUAUCUGCCAUAUUUUGUAUCUCCUGACCAUCAAAGAAAACGUGACUGCCUAUAGAGUUCGAAAGCUGUUGGACAUUCAGAGCAAAAAGGGCAGGCAGCCACACAUACUGCAGUUACUGGCCCUUUACAAAGUCUUCUGCCCAGAGCUGGUUCCACAGUCUGUCUCGGGACGGAUAAAGGGUGGCUUCAAAUCAUAUGACUCCACGUGGAGAACUCCUCUAGCAGCAGUGUCCAAGCGGAGAGUUAAGGAGAACCCCAGCAUGGACCUGCCCUUAGGACUCCCACAGAUGACCAACCGCAAGAAAAGGAAGUUCCACCACCUGGAGCUUCCUGCCCUGGCCCCUCCUGCUGCUGUAGGCCCUGUCAGCAGGAGAGGGGUGUGCCUGCUGCAGCUGAGAACCUUUAACGAACUGCUGGAAAACUUAACCAGCAUCGAGCUCCCGGCUCAGAUGGGCUCCCUGCUCAGCUCUCGUCUGGCGCUGCACUACCUGGACUGUGUGCAGGAUGAGUCGGCCUUCCUGCGCCUCAACUACUGGCUGGGAAACGCACUGCAGGAAGAGUUUUUCGGGCGGCCAGUGGAGGGUGCCCAAGACAGUAUGGUCGAGGCGUCUAACUUCCUCAAUAUGCUGGUGUCCACACAGAGCUUCUUUCAGGAGGGCUUCUCUGCCACAGAGGCGUUCCUGUGUAAGCUGCUGGAGGUUUGGGACGGCUCUCUGCACCAGCCCCAGAUCCUGGAGCUGCUUAGCGACAUGACACUGCUGCCCAGCUCACAAAUAAAGCAACUCCUCUUCGACCCUUUACAACAGCUAUACUUCACAUCGUCCGUGUUUUUCAAGUGCAGUGUCAUUGAGUGCCUGAACAGUAUGCUCCGUAAGUGGCUGACCUGGCAUUCCGUUAGUGCCGAGCAGGAGGACUGUCUUAACAUCAGCCUUAGUAACCGCAGCACCAUGAGCUUGAGCUUGUCUGGGUUCCUGGACUCGGUGCUGAAGCUGGUGCACUUUGUGGGGCGUCUGGCCUCAGUCGGCCUGCAGCUGGAGAGAUGCCACAGCCUGCUGAUACACCAUGCACUGGACUUCUAUGAAACAGUAUGUGACAUGUACCUGAAGUACAAGCUGCCCCUGUUUGUCAUGCCUCCUGCCGGCGUCUUCUACGCAGCACUGCUCGCCCCCGACCCCGUUGCUGUGGACCGCCUCUGCCACAUCAUGCUCAAGUACAGACAAAAUCUUUCCCGUGUGAAGACACAACGUCAGGCACAAAAACAGUCUCUUAACAUCAACCGCAGCGUCUACUUGGAGUUCAACACGUACCUGGUGAGCAUGGUGGGCCUCCUGUGGAACUCGCAGGCCUUUGCGGCGAACACGGGGCUGGAGGUGGACAGGACUCUGCUGGAGAGGACUAAAGUGGCCGACUACAGCAGCCGCUACAACCUGGUGCACCACCCUGCAUUCCUCCACUACGCCAUGGACUUCCACAAGCAGUGUUGGCCGGAGCGUACUGAAAUGGACCUGAACUCCAUCCAGGUGACGCGGUACUGGGACUGGUAUGUGGAGUAUCUGGGCACAAGAGGCUUUGGCGGCUUGAGGGACUUCAUCAAGGUCAACAUCCAACCCACUGCUAACCGCCAGAGCACAGCCCAGCCCCUCAGCCAGCCCCCACAGUCACAGUCAAGCCAGUCCACAGAGUCCAGCUACUGUAGCCCUUCCCAGGCAUAUUGAACACUAGGGGCUCAUUCCAUUAUCUUAACUCCUGUCCUCUCUUGUGCUUGUGACCUUGUGAUAACGUCGCAAGUUUAAUUCCAAUUCCAACCAAGACAGCGGCGCCCCAGGUUGGCCACUCCAAAAGGCUAAGCGCAGCAGCUUGUGUUCUAUAUUUAUAUCAAGUCAGGUCAAGCCCUUCCAUUCAGGCGAGUCCACAGCACUGCAUCCACCAAAACAUCAUCAGCUCCCUACACUAACAUACUUCUUCUCUAGUAUUAAUAUUAACAUAAAGUUACUGCAACAAAAAGACUUAUGUUAUCGACAAGGCAUAGCAAGCGGCUUUAGAAUUUCACGUCACCUUGGGACACCAUUAACAUUUUGUAAAUUAUUGUAUAUUUUUCUAUGUUUUGUCAAAACUUCCAAACUUGUAUUAUAUAAAUGUGUCUUUUUUGUCUUUCCUUUCUGCUUGUCGCCACUGAAAAGCAAUAAACUAUUUUUUUCCUGCAA